AUGUUGAACGGUGAAAAGCCAUACUCGCUGCAGAAGGGAAUCCAUUCAGCACUCAAAGAUCUUCUUCGAACGGCAGAUGGAUUAGUCCCUCUGGAAGUGAAAAACCAUCUUCGAGAUAUGACCUUUGAGUCUAAAGGCCAUGGAGACGUUAUAGGCUUGCCUUGUCCUCUAAAGGAGACCGAAGCUGUCACGGCGUUGAAGGCUGUUGAAGCUAGCACUAUAGCUGCUAUUACUGAUUUACGCUUUGGAAUGGAUAAGAGAGACAUCAGGAUCAGCGUAGAGCGAGCCACUUGUUUUCUUUUUGCUGCAUAUCUUUCGACAGUGGAUGGCAUGGCAAAAGGGGAUCCCAAUGUCAAGUCAAAGUUGAAGGACACGGAUCUUUUGAAGGCCCAAUCGAUCCUCUAUCGACGAUUUGCAGCCAAUCUGUACGAAACUCGGACUCCUGGAGAAUAUUUUCAUCUUCAUGGCUCGCUUGAAGCAACAACCUCACUUAACAUGAUUGGCCUGGAGGGGUACCGACCCGAUGUGACCGACUAUCAUGACUGCCUCAAUCUAAUCGAAAGCCAUAUGAAGAAAUUCUCACCUGCAGAGCUUGAAGCAAUGAACGCUAAGCAUAGGCAAGCAGGCGUAACUUGCCUCAAAUACGACGACUUCAAAAAGACACAUUAUGGCCGAAGCAAGCUGGACCUGCCACCAUGGACUCUCGAGAAUCUAGAAAUCUCGACACCACCCGUGCCAUUUCCAGCCCGAAGUAGCACAACUAACAAGCCACAGCCGCUUGCUGGCAUCAGAGUACUGGAGCUCUGUAGGAUAAUCGCUGGACCAGUCAUCGGGCGUACCCUGGCGGAGUAUGGAGCGGAUGUCUUGAAGGUUACUGCACCUCACCUGAGUGACGUACCAUUCUUUCAAGUUGACGGCAACAUGGGCAAACACGCCACGGAACUAAAUCUCCGCGACCCGAACUCGCGCCAGGUAUUCGAAUCCCUCCUUCAAACUGCUGACAUACUUGUCGAUGGCUACCGUCCUGGCUCUCUAACCCGCCUAGGCUAUGGACCCUCCCAGAUCCUCCAGCUGAUUCAGUCUCGGAACAAAGGCAUCAUCUACAUCUCGGAAUCCUGCUUUGGCGCCCUUCCCCCUUCUUCAAACGAGGCUCCAGACUCCGAGGCGUCUCAAUGGUCGCAGAGACCGGGCUGGCAGCAGAUUGCGGAUUGUGUGACUGGUGUCGCGUGGACGCAAGGUACCGAAUUUUUAGACCUUGAGGGGCCGGUCAUUCCACCUUUCCCAAUGAGCGAUUACGGGACUGGCUGCGCGGGCGCUAUUGCUGCACUGACAGGUCUGUAUAAGCGUGCUACCGAAGGAGGAAGCUGGUGGGGCGGUGUGAGCUUAGUUGGAUACAAUGUCUAUCUCUUGAGCUUGGGUUUAUAUCCGCCUGAAGUUGUCGACGAUCUCAAAUCGCGCUUCAGGGAUGCUGGAUUUUAUGGCAAAGGGGAAGGUGGACUGAGGCAUAGUGAUAGCGUUGACGAAGUGGGCAAACGAGCGUUAAGUGCUAUGAAGCAAGUAAGGCCAGAACUUUUCGCUAAGGAGAACUUUGACGAGGCGUGGAGUCAGGGCUUCGGGGCGAAGGUCAGGUACGCGAAGAGUGCGGUCGAUAUUGCUGGGAUUAGGGUUGGGUUCUCAAGAGGGACAAGGCCGAAUGGUACCGAUGAGGCGGGCUGGGAUGGGUGGGAAGUGGAAACGAGGUAG